AUGGAAAAAGAAAACGACUAUUUGCCCCGAUUCGAUGUGCAUGGUGAACCGUCGGGAUUAGCGGCAAAGUGGAAGCGUUGGUUUCGAGCGUUUGAACUGUAUGUUGUCGGGAAAGGAAUUAAAGACAAUGACCGUAAACAUGCAUUGUUGCUUCACAUGGCUGGCAUGGAAGUGCAGGAUGUAUUCUAUACCUUGCCGCAAGGAGAGGGAGCAAACGUUUAUGCUAGAGCAGUCGAUGCGCUAAGCAAGCAUUUCGCGCCACAAUCGAAUGUUCCUUACGAAAGACAUAUGUUCCGGAAGUUAGAUCAGUCGCCGACAGAAUCCGUAGAUCAAUAUAUCACACGGUUGCGACAGAAGGCAGAGACGUGUGCAUUUGAGAACACAGAUGAGCAAAUUAGAGAUCAGGUGAUUGAGAAGUGCAUUUCAAGUGAAUUAAGACGGAAACUUCUGCAAAAAGGACGGGAUUUAACCCUGACAGAAUUGCGUUCCAUUGCGAGAACUUUAGAAAAUGCUGAACAUCAGGCAAAAUGCAUUGAGCAAAGCCCACAGUCGGUAAACACAACAACAAGCCGAACAACAAAAGGUACGUUUGCACGGAAAAAUCGUAUUCAAAAUGACGUUCAAUGUUUUAAAUGUGGGAAACGUGGUCACAUUGCAAAAGACAGCACGUGUCCAGCGCGUGGAAAGCACUGUAAUAAGUGUGGCAAGAUAGGACAUUUUGCGAUUAAAUGCCGAUCGGGUGACAAGUCGAAAAAGAAACCGCCUACUGUGCGUCAAGUUGUGGACACAACUGAUGACAAACAGUUCACGUUUACUGUACAAAAUAAGUACCAGACAGCAACAUCGAUAAUGGUCGAAAUUGGUGGUGUACAAAUAAAGGCGAUCAUUGAUUCCGGUUCCAGCUGCAACAUUGUGGAUAGGAAAACGUGGGAGUUCUUGAAACGAAAUGACAUAAAAUGCAGGGACGAGCCAAGGAAAACAGAACUGUAUGCCUAUGGAUCUAAGGAACCACUGAAGACUGCUGGUGUAUUUUGGUCAACGAUUGUUUACAAGGGUGUAGCGGUAGAUGACGCAGAAUUUGUUGUCGUUGAGGGAUCUGGACAGUCCUUAUUAAGCUGUGAUACAGCUAUGCGACUUGGCGUACUUAAAAUAGUGCGUCAAAUGGAAACCCCGGGAAUAUCGGAUGUUGUUAAUAAUUACAACGAAUUAUUUACGGGACUUGGAAAACUGAAAGGUUAUCAACUUGAAGUGCCCAUUGACCAGGCUGUAACACCUGUAGUGCAACCGACCAGACGCGUGCCAUAUCAGUUACGAGAGAAGUUGGAAGCUAAAAUCAAAGAAUUACUCGACUCAGAUGUCAUUGAACCCGUAAGUGGACCGUCGAAGUGGGUGUCCCCUGUCGUCAUAAUACCAAAGAAUGAUGGCGACAUUCGACUUUGCGUUGACAUGAGGCAGGCAAACAGAGCCAUACAAAGGACUAGGUAUCCAAUACCAACAGUGGACGAAGUGUUGCAGGAAAUGAAUAACAGCAAGUAUUUCAGCAAACUGGACAUUAAAAACGCGUAUCAUCAAAUUGAACUGUCCCCAGAAUCACGAGAAAUCACGACGUUUACAACACACAGUGGACUUUUCAGGUAUAAACGUUUAAUGUUUGGAAUAACAUGUGCUCCAGAGAUGUACCAGAUGAUUUUGCAACAAACAUUGCAAGGCUGUGAGGGUGUUAACAGCAUUGCCGAUGACAUUAUUGUCCAUACUGCAACGAAAGAACAACAUGAUAAAUGUUUAAAUAAUGUGCUAUGUGUAUUGAAAGACAAAGGUUUUACACUUAACAAGGAAAAAUGUCAAUUUUACAUGAAUAAGUUAGUGUUUAUGGGUCAUGAGCUGUCUGAGAGAGGGAUAGGGGCAACGCAGGUCAAGGUCGAUGCUGUAGUAAACGCGCCUGAGCCGCGAAACGCGAGCGAGGUUCGAAGUUUCCUCGGUUUAGUGAAUUUUUGCGCAAGAUUCAUACCGAAUUUGUCUACGAUUUCCGCGCCGUUAAAUGAUCUGUUAAGAAAGAAAACGGUGUUUAAAUGGGGUCGGUCUCAACAGGACGCGUUCAAAGAAUUAAAAAGAAGGCUAGCAUGUGCCGAAACAUUGGGGUAUUACGAUAAAACCGCGCCGACAAAGGUCAUAGUCGAUGCGAGUCCAGUAGGACUAGGUGCUGUGCUCGUGCAGGUUCAAAAUGGGGAAAACCGCGUAAUAAGUUUUGCCAGUAAAAGCUUAACUGAUGUUGAGAGGAGAUACUCACAAACUGAAAAAGAGGGUUUAAGCGUAGUGUGGGCAUUAGAGCGUUUUCAUCCAUGGCUUUAUGGUAUCGAGUUCGAGCUUCUUACUGACCACAAGCCACUUGAAUACAUUUACGGACCAAGGUCAAAACCGUGCGCUAGACUUAAGCGAUGGGUUCUUAGGCUGCAACCGUACCGAUCUACGGUUAAACAUGUGAACGGUCGAGACAAUAUUGCAGACGCACUGUCGCGACUUCCGCUCAAGCACAGUUCUAGGACAAUAGAUAGUGUAGAUGACCACGAAUACAUUAAAUUUGUUGCGCGCGAAGCAACACCCAGUGCUAUGACCACUCGAGAAAUAGAAGAGGUAUCAUUUCGUGAUGAUGAGAUAAGCAGAUUACGCGAAAGCGUGACGAACGGGACGUGGGAUAAACACGAGCAAAAUCAGUUCAUACAUAUCAAAGUUGAACUGUGUGUAAUUGGUUACUUAGUACUUAGGGGUACGCGAAUCGUUGUCCCGCGUGAAUUACGCAAACGCGUAUUAGACUUAGGUCACAUAGGUCAUCCGGGAAUCGUGUUGAUGAAAAGCAACUUGAGGACCAAAGUUUAG